GCUAGUCUGAACGCAUCCAGGUAUACGUGUUCCCUACGCUGGAGGGACUGGUUGGCGGGCUUUCGUAUUGCUUCAGAAAGUGCGUCCGGUACUUCGGCUUGGGAUGCUACCGCGUCGUCGGUGGACGUCCGGACUAAUAUCGUUCGUCAUUGCUCAGGGUAUCAAUAUCUCGGUGGCGCAAGUUGAGCAGCUUCGUGAAAAACAACAGCGCAUCUGCGAGGGUGAAGCAAAUGGCACCAUUGGUCUCGCCAAUCAAUAUCAGCCCCGGGAUAUCGGCGUUCCCGACAAUCUGGCGAAUGGUGUUGAUAGCGUGCCAUCCCAUCGCAGGGAGCUGGUAAAGGACUCGAUUUUCAACAUUGCAGGCACAAAUGCCUUUGGUGGAUUUGCGCGGUUGGUGACUGACUUCAUAUGGUGGAGAAGGCAUUGGAACCCUGGCCUCCGAUCUUUCCCCGGUUGAAUGUACGCUGGCUAACAAGGUCACUGCGGUCUCCACCGACUCCGACGUAAUCCAAGGGCGAGAUCUCGUGAUGCUUUGUAUGUCGACCACAGAGGAAAGGGAUGGCACGCGGACCAGAUAAUGUAAAGCCCCGCCCGC